GAGAGAGAGAGAGAGAUAGCUAGGCUCAACUCGGGCUAAUUGGCGUUGUAUUCGCAGCUCAGUAAGAGAUUUUAAUUCUUCUGAAAGCAAGUAAAAGUGACAUUGUGCAGCAGACAUGCAGCGAGGAGGUGGAAGUCGUGGUGGGGGUGUGUACAACCGGUUUGUACCAGCUAGCCGUGGCAGAGACAAGAAAUCUCUGUACAGCAAUGCUAUCAUGGGCUUUGAUGAACAGGACUUGGAGAAGAUCAAGAAGAGACAUAGAACAGAACAAGAGUAUUUUGAUGCAGACAGUGAUGAAGAGACGGGUGGCCCUGCUGCUCCAAAGAAAGUUGAUACGUUUGGAGAUAGAUACAGAAACCUGUACUAUGAAGAUAAAGCCCCACCCAAGAAAGAGGAGAGCAGUGAAGACGAUGAGGACCCUCUGGAUGCCUUCAUGGCGGGGAUUAAGGUUGAAUUAACCAAGGAAGAAAAAGAUGCGGAGGCAAAGAAGAGCAAGAAAGCACAGAAGGCAACCAGAAACGACAUUGAAGAACUAGAUGAAAUGGAAGCAUAUAUGAAAUACAUGGAGGACAACCCUGAGGCAGGUCUGAACACUCUCCCUAUCAAUGAUGAAGAUGAACCUAUCGACUAUGACGCUGACGGCAAUCCCAUAGUUCCAGAGAGGUCAAAGAUCAUCGACCCACUGCCUCCAGUAGACCACUCUAUGGUUGACUAUGAGCCAUUCAACAAGAAUUUCUACAAUGAGCAUGAGUCCAUCCAAACACUCAACUACUCGGUUGUGUUGGAUCUACGCCAGAAACUCAAUAUCAAGGUGUCCGGAGCUGAUCCUCCUAAGCCAGUAACAAGUUUUGCUCACUUUGGAUUUGAUGAGCAGCUAAUGCACUGCAUCAGGAAAUCAGAUUUCUCUAGCCCUACCCCAAUCCAGGCACAGGGUGUUCCCAUUGCCAUGUGUGGCCGUGAUGUGAUCGGUAUUGCUAAGACAGGCAGUGGGAAGACGGCUGCUUUCGUGUGGCCUAUGCUGGUACACAUCAUGGACCAGAGAGCAAUCAAAAAAGGGGAUGGACCUAUAGGACUUAUCUGUGCCCCUACCAGAGAACUUGCACAACAGAUUUAUAUGGAGGUGAAGAAGUUUGGGAAGGCGUACAACAUCCACGUUGUGUGUGCGUAUGGAGGCGGUAACAUGCAUGAACAACAGAGGGCAUGUGAGGAGGGGCCAGAGGUCAUCGUCGCUACACCUGGUCGUUUGAUUGACCUGGUAAAGAAGAAAGCAACCAACCUGCGCAGAGUAUCCUAUCUCAUAUUCGACGAGGCUGAUAGGAUGUUUGACAUGGGCUUUGAGCCUCAAGUGCGGUCAAUAGCUGAUCAUGUGAGACCAGACAGACAGACUCUGCUGUUCAGUGCUACCUUUAGGAAGAAGGUAGAACGCCUUGCUAGAGACAUCCUGACAGACCCUAUCAGAGUUAUACAGGGAGACAUUGGAGAGGCCAACCAAGAUGUAACUCAAGUUGUAGAAAUCUUCAGCGAUCAAACCAGGAAGUUUCCCUGGCUCCUUUCUCGGCUUGUUCGCUUCACCACAGAGGGCAGUGUUCUUAUCUUUGUCACAAAGAAAAUCAAUGCGGAAGAGCUAGCUACAAGCCUUAAAAGAAAAGAUUUUGAUGUUGGUUUGCUUCACGGAGACAUGAAUCAGCUGGAAAGAAAUUCAGUCAUCACUGCUUUUAAGAGGAGAGCCAUCCCAAUCCUAGUAGCAACAGAUGUAGCAGCGAGAGGUCUAGAUAUCCCUUCAAUCAAGAAUGUGGUCAACUACGAUGUGGCCAGAGACAUCGAUACCCAUACCCAUAGGAUAGGAAGAACAGGACGUGCAGGCGAGAAGGGAACAGCAUACACACUCAUCCUCAAGAAAGACAAUCAGUUUGCUGGUGACCUUGUGCGGAACUUAGAGGGCGCUGAUCAAGCAGUACCCAAAUCAUUGUUAGACCUUGCAAUGCAGAAUCAAUACUUCAAGAAGUCUCGUUACCGGGCUGGCAAGGGAAAGCGCCUUAACAUUGGAGGUGGUGGACUCGGUUACCGUGAGCGACCAUCAUUCAGAUCAGGAGGGGGAGCAGGAGGAGGAGGAGGAGCGGGAGGAGGCGGUGCUGGUGGGUCAUCCAUGGAAUUUCUUGGUUCUGGAGAUGGAGAUGAAGAGAAUAGAGGUGUAGGAAGCCUCUAUACCAACAGACUAAAUGCUAUGAAGAGUGCUUUCUCUAAUCAGUUCAAGUCUCAUUUUGUGGCUUCCACUUCCUCGCCGUCCACGUCCAACAUGUCCUUCCGAACCCCGACCCAGUUUGAAUCUGGUAACAACAAAGCAGUAGGGGGGAGACCCUCCUCCCAGCAUCAGCCUCCCCCUCCCCAGCAGGUCAGACACCAGCCCCUCCCCGCCCCUGCAUCCCACCUGGGUGGGGGAGGAUACAUCAGUAGCAGUCAAGUCAGCAGUAGCACAGGUGGACUGUACUCUGCCAUGGCUCCUAUGGUUAGAUCCUACAUACCAUCGCAACAAGCCGCCUCAACCUCCUCCUCAUCAUCAGCUAUGCCGCCAUCAUCAGCAAUGUCGCCAUCAUCAUCACAGGGCGGUGAGGGGUCAGGUCACGAUAGAGGUCACGAGAGAGGGGCGAGUGUCAGCUUCGGCCACGUCCGUAGAUCCAACGUGGGCCGUGAUCGCAGCUCGGGAGGGAGUCACGGCGAACGUGAUCGCAGCUCCGGAGGGAGUCAUGGGGAACGACGGCGCAGCAGCAGCGGUGGACGGGAUCAUCACGACAAUGAUAGAAGGGAUAGAGGUCGUGAGGAAGACGGGUCGGAGGUCAGAGGUGAAGAGGAUGGGGAUGUCCCAGACCCGGAUGAGAGCACGCCGGAGGAAGAGAACCAUGGCUGGACUUUGAGAGGGGUCAAUUUUGGAGUCGGGAGUGGUACUAGUGGGUUACAUGGUAGUGCGGUCAGCAGUAGCAGUAUUAGCAGUAGCUCUGCUGGUGGAAACUCAGCUGAACAGGCAAAGCCGAAACGUAAGAGUCGUUGGGAUACGUAAGGAUAAGAUGUAGUGUGGACUUAGUUCACUCUCUAUCUGUUAUAUGUACAUGUAUUCUUUCUUAUUGUACAAUGCUGAGUUAAAUUAUGGCACUGGUUUAUUAAAAUGGGUUGCAUGUAGGAUUGAUUGAAACUCUGGCCAGAAGUUGCUUGCUAAAAAGAAUCCAUGAUUUAUUUUUAGUCCUAGUAGCUUUGUUGAACUCAAUUGGCCUAGAUCUCCUUCAUGCCUCUGAGUCGAGUACAGAUAGUUAUAAAAUGCAUUUUUUUUAAAGAUAAAAUAACCUCUGCAUAAGUCAAAUCUGUUGGAACCGCAAAAAUAGUAUGACUUGUGCAAAAUUUGACAUUGGAAAUGUAAAUAAUACAUUUCGCAUAGUUUGGUAAAAAAAAAAUGAUCCGACUUAGGGAUAAUUUGAUUUAUGCAGAGUUCACUGUAGUUGGUUGAUGAUUUACUGAUGUCUUUCAACUUCUUUGACAAUCAUUAAAAUUUCAUCCCUGACUUGACCUGGAAUUGGGCCAAGUCCUUAUGUCUAGAAGCCCAAGUCCAACUCCUAAAGAAUUGGACUCAAGUCCAAGUAUUACAGCACUGGUUAAUUUUGGUAAAUGUUACACAGCCAUCCCAAUGCAUUUAUAAGACUAUUUUGUCAGACAAUUCUGCCUGAUAAUGGUGUCAGGUUUGUCAUUAUUGUACUUUUAUAAUUUAUGGGUUUUAACAAAAAGUUUCCCAUACCUUUUACUGUAAAACCCACAUGAAACACAAUCACAGAGACUUUCAUCAGAUCAACUCAAGACAGUUUCAAUGGCCUUGUGUAUCUCUUGCCUUGGAGUUAAUAGUCAAACCUGCUUUAGUGACCACUGAUCUACAAAAAACACAUUUUAUGUUUCCCUUGAAAAUGGUUUCUCAUUGAAACAUGUAAAAAGGAACCUGUCUAUAAAGACCACUUUUUGUGUUUUCCUAUAGACGGGUUUGACUGAAAAAUGAAAGUCUCUGUUAUUGCGUCACUGUGUUAAGAAAGGACAGUGGGGCAGGAUCUUCACAAUAAAUGAGAAGUACCAAGUAGAACCAUUCUUCACUAUAAUUAUGACCCCAUGGCUUAUACUACAUGGACAAUGCUGAAGGUGGGUGUUCGGGAUGUUUAGAUACAAGAUUAAAAUCAAAGAAACAAACAUAUGUUGGGCUUCUUAAAACUUUUCUUAAUAAAAAGUCGUUUUAUUUUUUUGGUCAUGCAUAGAUAUUUUUCUGCAAUAUCUAAUGUUGAUGAGGGGAUAAGUAACAUUCUGUCAAAUGUAUAUAUAAAUAGUAAACAAUAGCUCAAUGUAACUUAAGUACAUAUACCUGUAUUAUGUAUAUGUAUACAAGGAAAGAUACUAUGUAUUUUUCAUGCAGGUAUGUUCAAUAAACUACAAUUUAAUCAGCAUCAAUCAA